CCAAAUUGAAAGAGAUAAUCACAUAUUUCUCACUUUCAUAUCUCUAUCAAUAUCAUCAGCAUCAUCAGCAUCAUCAUCAUGUCUCCAGCAGCUAAUUCAUCAAGAUGGUGCCCAACACCCGAGCAGCUGAUGAUCCUUGAAGAGAUGUACAGAGCUGGGACCAGAACUCCCAACGCUUCCCAAAUCCAGCAGAUCACAGCCCAUCUCUCUUUCUAUGGAAAGAUUGAAGGCAAGAAUGUGUUCUACUGGUUUCAGAAUCACAAGGCCAGAGACAGACAGAAGCUUAGGAGGAAGCUCUAUAAGCAGCUUCAGCAACAACAACUUUAUCAUCAUCAGCAGCAACAACAACAACAACAACAGCUCAUGAUCAAUAGUAUUCAGCAAAACCACCAUUUUCUUACUUCUGCUUCUUCUUCUUCUUCGUCUUCUUUUCAUCAACAACUUUCUUGUUAUAGCUCAUCACCAUCAGCCGGCUCUAUACCCCAGGUCCAGGCCGUUGGAGAUCAUGCAUCAACUCAUCAUCAACUAAUGAGCUACUCUUGGAAGAUGGAAAUCCCAUUGGAGAAGGAGAAUUCCAUGAUGAGAUUGUACGAUCGUGAUUGGACGAUGAUGGUGGAUGUGGGUCCACCUAAUUCGCCAUGUUGCAAUAAUUAUAAGCCCCUCAAGACCCUUGAGCUCUUCCCAAUCACAGCUACUAAUCUCAAAGAAGAGUGUACGACAUCCAAGCAUGUCCCUCAUUCCACCUCAACGACCAACUAA